AUGGCUUCACGCACGAUGAAGCUUUUCAUCUUAGGCCCCGCCUUUGGGCUUCCCUCGAUCGAUGCGCAAUGCAUUGCUGCUGUCGCGCUACUCCAGCUCUACGCACCGCACGACUACGAGCUCGUUCCGACUCACGAUGAAAGCCUUCCACUGCCGUAUCUCAUCGAUGGCACAGCGAGACUGUCGGGACUGAACAACAUCACUCGCCAUCUGAAGGACAAACGCAUCAUUCAACAAGAACUCGAUUCACAACAGACCGCCGAUGCCGCCGCCAUUACCUCCUUUAUCGAACACAAUGCCCAACUUCUCCUCGACAUCUCAUUGUAUGUCGGCUUCGAGAACUAUCGCCUCGCAACACGCCCUGCCUACAGCCAGAUCCUCCCAUGGCACGCCAAUUACACUCUACCGCCUCAGAAGCGUAAUGCAGCCCGGCUGAGGACAGAGCACCUGGGCGUGUCGAGCAUCGAUGUGGACAAUGUGCACGAGGACAUGAGCAACAGGCCGGAGGGCUUCGACGGGGUGGGCAAGGAGCAAAAGUUUGAGGCUGCGACACAAAAGAGAGCGAGUCUGCUGCUUGGAGGCAAGGAGACGUUGCGCAGUCUACUCCAGCGACCAGAGCAUGCGGCGAUAUUCAAGCUCAAUGCGCUUGCGGACAACUUCUUCGAGCCUUUGCAGGACAUGCUCGGCGAAAAGACAUAUCUGCUGGAUACCGAACGACCGAGUGCAGUCGAUUGUCUUGUCACAGCGUAUCUCUGUCUCAUGCUAUUUCCCAAAUUGCCCCAAGACUGGCUAGCGACAACGAUGCGGCGCAAGUACAAGCGACUUGCUGCUUAUACAGAUCGUCUGCAUAAGGAGUUGGCACUUGCUGCAAAUGUUGGAGAUGUCCUUGCUGUGGGCCGCUGCAGAUCGCGUGAAGAGGCUCAUGCAUAUUGGAAAGCUCACAAGAUGCUGCUGCCGUGGAGCACUGCAUCCUCGCCUACCACGUCCGAAGCACUGCAGAGCUUUGGCAUUGGCGUGUGGACCCAGAUCCCGAUAUUGGGGCAACCCAACAAGCUGCACCUGCGAAACGCGAAAUGGCAUUCCUUCUUAUACAGGAACCUGCAGACGGUACUGCUUACUGCUGCAACUGCAUUCGCUGCUGGGAGCUUCCUGUCGGUGUAUACUGGACUUCUCGAGUGGCCACAUGGAGAAGCUGUUCACAUCUUCGGUCGGAAACGUAUGUCGGACUUCGGCCACCUCGGUGCUGCACUUGCUGACGUGAGUCUCCUCGGUCGUCACCCUGAUUCGGGCUGAGAUUGCGGUGCUCUGUGGUCGUUGUCGACCUUUUCCAGCUCUCCCUGCAAUUACAUCACAACGCUAAGUAAACAUGGCGCAACACGAUACAUACGAGGAGCAGCAUCCCAGCAUACGCCUGAUGUGCCGAACUGCAUCCGGUAUGGGGUUGUUCGAAUCGUCUGCGAACGGUCUCUUCGUGAGUGCUCGCUCGGGCAUUGCGAGUUUCGCAGUGCAUGCAAUGCGACACCAUGACGCGUCGCACUUCAAUCGUGUCACAGACUCACAGCUGGACCGAGGAAGACGCAGUCAGAGGUGACCACUGCACGCAACCAUUAUCACGCUUGUGUAUGAGCACCAGGAUCACCGUUCUGACAUUCUGUAACGAAGUCUGCUUGAGGGUCUCUACUCUUCGUCCAAACGAGCUGUUCGAUCAAGGCCACUCCAAGAUCUUGAUCGCUUGCUUGACACUGUGACAAGCUUCAACGGGCGCCAGCCUUGACGGCCGCCAGUCUGACCCACUUUUGUUAGUGCCGUCGGUUGCCGGCUCAUCGACAGUCGUGCCACAUAUUCCAGGAUUCCAAACGCAUCAGCCAUCAUCGACUUCGAGCACCACGCCCCGCAAGCACGCCGCGUGUGCUACCUUGGUGACGCUGUACUCUCGUAAACUCA